UGCUGCGUCUCUUUCUCUCUCUUGUGUAUGCAAAUGCAAUUACACCUCCCUUGCCCUCCAUUUAAUGCAAUUGCACCCUCUGCAAUUACUCCUCGCUGCCAUAUUUUCCUCCAUCUGUUCCCCACUUUCCCUCUCUAUCCUCCUUCAAUGCCUUUCUCUCUCCCUAUCUCCUUCUCCCUCAACCUCUUCCAUCUUCUUCUCUCUUCAACCGCCUGAAAAUCCAGUCAACCCUUGCUAGUUACUAGAAGAAUACAGAAGAGAGUGUCUCAAUUGUGUGAAGUGGUGGUGGGCUGCCGGAGUUAGUUAUGAUUCCGGCGUGAAAUUAACAUGCCAUUGAAGAUUGGAAGGGAUCGACAUCAUCAUCAUCUUCAAGUCUCACACUUGGUCAGAUUGAGAAACAAUAAAGACUAGUCUGGAAUCUUAAAAGAUCGGUAGAUGAUGUUCCAGCCAAACCUCAUGGAAGCUGGUCAGUUUCACCCUUUAGAUAUGGCUCCCAACACCUCAGAGAGCGACAUCCCUCGGCUCCGGGAAGAUGAGUUUGACAGCGCCACCAAGUCCGGCAGUGAAAACCAUGAAGGCGCAUCGGGCGAAGACCAAGAGCCACGUGCCAAGAAGAAGCGUUACCAUCGCCACACCCAGCACCAGAUCCAGGAAAUGGAAGCUUUUUUCAAGGAGUGUCCUCACCCAGAUGACAAGCAAAGGAAGGAGCUAAGCCGGGAGUUAGGGUUAGAGCCAUUGCAGGUUAAGUUUUGGUUUCAAAACAAGCGCACUCAGAUGAAGACCCAACAUGAACGCCAUGAGAACACGUCGCUGAGGACUGAAAAUGAGAAGCUUCGAGCAGAUAACAUGAGGUAUAGGGAAGCUCUUAGCAAUGCAUCUUGUCCUAAUUGUGGCGGACCAACCGCUAUUGGAGAAAUGUCAUUUGAUGAACAUCACUUGAGGAUUGAGAAUGCACGUCUUAGAGAAGAGAUUGAAAGGAUUUCAUCAAUUGCUGCAAAGUACGUGGGCAAGCCAGUGGUGAACUAUUCCCAUCUCUCAUCUCCUCUCCCUCCUCGUCCGUUAGAACUCGGCGUUGGUGGCGGUUUCGGAAGCCAGCCAGGAAUCGGUGUGGACAUGUAUGGAGGUGGAGAUAUACUGCGGUCAAUCACCGGGCCCACCGAAGCGGAUAAGCCAAUCAUAAUAGAGCUAGCUGUUGCGGCCAUGGAGGAACUCAUAGGGAUGGCGCAAAUGGGUGAUCCUCUCUGGUUAUCUACACUCGAUGGAUCUGAUGCUGUGCUGAACGAGGAUGAAUACAUCAGAUCAUUUCCAAGAGGGAUUGGACCGAAACCUUCUGGUCUCAAAUGUGAAGCUUCUCGUGAAACUGCUGUUGUUAUCAUGAACCAUGUCAGCCUCGUUGAAAUUCUCAUGGAUGUGAACCAAUGGUCUACGGUUUUCUCUGCUAUAGUCUCAAGAGCAAUGACUGUUGAAGUGUUGUCAACUGGGGUGGCCGGGAACUACAAUGGCGCUUUACAAGUGAUGACAGCUGAGUUGCAUGUACCUUCGCCUCUUGUGCCAACUCGUGAGAGUUAUUUUGUGAGGUAUUGUAAGCAACAUGGAGAUGGGACUUGGGCAGUUGUGGAUGUGUCCUUGGAUAAUUUGCGCCCUAGUCCUUCAACCAGAUCUAGAAGAAGGUCUUCUGGUUGCUUAAUUCAAGAAAUGCCAAAUGGCUACUCAAAGGUGACAUGGGUUGAGCAUGUAGAAGUGGAUGAUAGAGGUGUUCACAAUCUUUACAAGCAGCUUGUUGGGUCUGGACAGGCAUUUGGUGCAAAACGUUGGGUUGCAACCUUAGAUCGACAAUGUGAAAGGCUUGCUAGUGCCAUGGCAACAAACAUUCCCACAGUAGAUGUUGGAGUGAUAACAAGCCAAGAAGGGAGGAAGAGCAUGAUGAAACUUGCUGAGAGAAUGGUGAUAAGCUUUUGUGCUGGAGUGAGCGCUUCCACUGCUCAUUCAUGGACCACAAUCUCUGGGACCGGUGCUGAUGAUGUCAGGGUCACGACCCGGAAGAGUGUGGAUGACCCAGGAAGACCUCCUGGUAUUGUUCUCAGUGCUGCUACCUCUUUUUGGCUUCCUGUUCCACCUAAACGAGUUUUUGACUUCCUCCGUGAUGAGAACAAAAGAAACGAGUGGGAUAUCCUUUCCAACGGUGGAGUUGUCCAAGAAAUGGCACACAUUGCAAAUGGCCGAGAUACUGGGAAUUGUGUCUCUCUACUUAGAGUAAAUAGUGCAAAUUCAAGCCAGAGCAACAUGUUGAUACUCCAAGAGAGUUGCACUGAUUCAACGGGCUCUUUCGUUAUUUACGCGCCUGUUGACAUUGUUGCUAUGAAUGUGGUUCUUAAUGGAGGAGACCCAGAUUAUGUAGCACUUCUUCCUUCAGGGUUUGCUAUUCUUCCAGAUGGAAGUGGCAUUGGUGAAACUGGUCCUGGUGGUUCUCUCUUGACUGUGGCAUUUCAAAUAUUGGUUGAUUCAAUUCCAACGGCUAAGCUUUCUCUGGGAUCUGUUGCUACUGUUAAUAACCUCAUUGCCUGCACUGUUGAACGAAUUAAGGCUUCUUUAAUUGGUGAAGGUCUUGAGUUCAAAGACUAAUGGAUUGUGUGUUUACUUGAAGAAUUAAGGGGUGGAAAAAGGUAGUGAGGAACUUCGGCUUCUAAUUCAAAGAUGGUGAGAAGUCAAGAGCGCACCUUGCAUGAUUCCUCAAAUUAAAAGAGUUGAGAGGAUUAAGGUUCGGGAAUUGACUUCCCUAGAUUAUAAUAGUAAAUGUUAAGAGCUCAUUUCAAUCUAGACCUUGCUACCCUUGUUAAACUUUUCUAGCUAGGACUAAAUACAUUAAGUUAAUUAGGGUCAGCUUUUUGGUUACUAGGGUUUAGUUCGUUUUAUUUUGAUGAAAACUCUUUAUCCUUCAUUGUUAUUUGUGUGUUUGAGAAGAGGAUCCAAGACUAGUAAUUGGUGGGAGCUAUGUUUGCAUGCACCUAAGACAUUGGUUAAUCAAUUUCUCACCAAUUUCUACUUUUGGGGGUUUUCAAAUGACUUGUGUUCCAUUCCGCCUAGUCAAAUUGACAGCUAAGUCUUUUGAUUUGAUGUUUUGUAUUUGUUAUCAUGACCUAAUUAUUGAAUGAAGGUUGUAGUGCGUUAAUUUUGGGUUGUUCUG